AUGCAGCGCAAUUACCAGCGAAUGCGAGAGACCCUUUUCGAUCUUUACACGGAACGCGAUGCAUUGCCGUGGUACUUCAGAACCAUUGCCAUCGCUGCCUCAUGGCUCGCUCUAGGCGGAUACAUUGUAUUCUCACUUGUCUUCACCUCUGCCGAAGAUAACAUAAAAGUGUCACGCACGUUUCUGACGGUUCUCGCCGCAGUGCUCCUCUUUGCCGGCUAUGGUGCCAUUACCGCAAUCGCAUAUUUCAGUCGCAGCCUGCUCUUUCUGUUCGACACCGUUUUGCUUCCGAUCUUGACCUCUUCUUUUAUGGGCAUCUUUGUUACGGUCAUGAACCAUGCUCUCCACAAAAAGUUCCCUAUUCCUACUCAGGUUUACAUCUACAUCCCGUUGGUGAUCGCAUCUGCCACCACUAUUGGGGCCGGCGUCCUCAGUUUUGUCACCUACAGAAAGAUCAACAAAAUCAAGGAGUUGGACAGGCAGAGAAGGCAACAUGUUCAGAGAUGGGACAGGAGUUCCUAUGUCAGCUACGGCGAUGCUGCCUCCACGACAGAGUUAAUACCAAUGACACCCUGGACUGCGAAUAACAUACCUGAAGAUGAGGCACAGCGCCGCCAACUUCUUCGACUGCUACUCACUCGAGAUUCAGCAGAGUCACCCAAUCAUCGCAAUUCUCAGAGCACCUACCACAUCAACUUACCGGGCGAGGAUACGGGAUCGGCCGAAUUGGAAGGAGUACAGCCUGAGAUGCGUCCCCGUAGUGGCAGCCUCCCCGCCGCCACCAGCAAAUGGCAGACGUCAAACAAACUGUCACGAGAUCGAAGCCCGAUUGCUGAGAGCGCAUCAUCGAGAGAUCUUCGAGAGCGGCGGCGGGAAGAGAUCGAGAGAUCGUCAAUCCUGCUGACACCAGGAACGGAACACGGGCAAUGGCCACACACUCCAGGGUCAUCACAGUCCCAGACCUUUUCUUAUUCCCCUAAUCCUGUCUGGAAAGGGUCGACGAGGUAUGCAUAG